AUGUAUAUCAUCUCCUUUAAGUUAAAUUUUCUGGCCAGACACACCCAGGAGGUCCAGGGCAGCCUGAUCAACAUAAUUUUUGUGAAAACCCUUACAGGGAAGACCAUCACCCUGGAGGCUGAACCCUCAGAUAUGAUAGAAAAUGUAAAGGCCAAAAUCCAGAAUAAGGAAGGAAUUCCUCCUGAUCAGCAAAGACUGAUCUUUGCUGGCAAGCAACCAGAAGACGGACGUACUUUGUCUGACUACAACAUUCAAAAGGAGUCUACUCUUCAUCCUGUGUUGAGAUUUCAUGGUGGUGCUAAGAAAAGGAAGAAGAAGUCUUACAGCACUCCCAAGAAGAAUAAGCACAAGAGAAAGAAGGUUAAGCUGGCUGUCCUGAAAUAUUAUGAGGUAGUUGAGGAUGGCAAAAUUCAUCGCCUUCAUCAAGAGUGCCCUUUUGAUGAAUAUGGUGCUGGAGUGUUUAUAGCAAGGCACUUUGACAGAUAUUAUUGUGGCAAAUGUUGUCUGACUUACUGUUUCAAACCAGAAGACAGGUAA